AUGGAGCCCAGGCCCGCCGCACCGGGGCCUUGUCCCGGCGACUCGCGCGGCGCGGAGCAAGCGGCCGCGGCCUCUUCGCUGAACCCGGCCGGGGCCGACAGCCGGCCCCGGCGCCGCGCUCCCGCCGUGGCUGCUGUGUUGCCGGCGGGGGGGAGUGGGGAGAGGAUGGGCGUCCCCACCCCGAAGCAGUUCUGUCCCAUCCUGGAGAGGCCGCUCAUCAGCUACACCCUGCAGGCCUUGGAGAGAGUAUGUUGGAUAAAGGACAUUGUUGUAGCAGUAACUGGAGAGAACAUGGAAGCAAUGAAGCGUAUUAUUCAGAAGUACCAGCAUCAGCGAAUCUCCCUGGUUGAAGCUGGAGUGACCCGCCACAGGUCAAUUUUCAAUGGACUAAAAGCCCUGGCAGAGGACCAGCCUGACUCUAAACUCUGUAAGCCAGAAGUUGUGAUAAUCCAUGAUGCUGUGAGACCAUUUGUCGAGGAAGAUGUCCUCCUUAAAGUUGUCACAGCUGCUAAGGAACAUGGGGCAGCAGGAGCAAUUCGACCUCUUGUAUCUACUGUAAUCAGUCCAUCUGCUGAUGGUUGCCUAGACCAUUCACUAGAACGUGCCAGACACAGAGCAAGUGAAAUGCCACAGGCUUUUCUAUUUGAUGUGAUCUAUGAAGCCUAUCAGCAGUGUAGUGACUAUGACUUGGAAUUUGGAACUGAGUGUUUGCAGUUGGCUCUAAAAUAUGGUCACAUUAAUGCCAAACUUGUGGAAGGAUCACCUGACCUCUGGAAGGUGACCUACAAACGAGAUCUGUAUGCAGCGGAAUCGAUUAUUAAGGAAAGAAUUUCACAACACAUUUGCAUAGUUAUGGACACAAAAGAAGAUGAGAAUCAUGUAGGUCAUUAUCUUGAAGAAAUACUAAAAAAUGAAUUAAAUCAUGUAAAAGUCACCUCUGGAGCUCUGUGUCCUGCUAGCAGAGAUCUUGAGCAAAUCAUCUUAGAGCAAUGCUACAAUUACGUUUGUGUGAAUGUUAUGUCCUCUGAUUUUGAGGAAACCCGGAAAUUACUGAACAUGCUUGAAGAGAGUAAUCUAUCCAUUUUAUAUCCUAUUGUUGUUAUUUCAGUAUAUUUUCUUGAUUAUAAAUCAGUACCUUUUGAUGAGAAAAUGGAAAGCCUAAUACAGAUCAGGGAAUAUGCAAAGGAAGUGAAAAAAAGAAAUAUUUUAUUAUCUGGUCUUCUUAUAUGUUUCCCACAGGAUGAGCAGAGGCUACAGGCAAGUUUAAGGCAAGGAGUCACAAUUAUUGCCACCUUAAUCAAAGAAAGAAAUUCUGGACUUGUUGGUCAGCUACUGGUAGCAUGAAGAACACAGAGAAAAUUAUGUACCGGGUUUUUAGAAACAUUUACCUAGGUAUCUCUGCUGUGCUUCCCUCCCUAUUGUAUGUGGUAGAAUGUUUAACUUGUCUUUUAUGUCUCACAGUUUGUAGGAUGUGACAUUUGGGUUAUAGAAAUGAAUCAGUGUUUAUAUCUGUGAAAAAAAUACUCUUGUGCAUGUCAAAUAUAAAUUAAUCAGAAAAUAUGCAAAUGGAAAGUAAUAACCUUCAUGUAAUCUUCUGCAAAGGCAUGAAAAAUCAAAUAGAAAUCAUGAUGGAUGAGCUAAUCCUCCUAGGAAUGAGAAUUUAGAGAACUUCAACUGUGGUCUUAUCUCUGUGUUAAUUAGUAAAUCACACUAUCAUGAAAUGAGUAAAAAAAAGAUUGAGAAAAAUUUUUAAUUCUAAAAUUGUCCUCUU